AUUUAACAAAUCCCGACCGGACUCCUCUCUCUCAUUUCUCAGUCCCGACCCGGACUCUCAAUUCUCUCUCGACGCAGGAACGAAACGAAAUAGAGAGACGAGAGAAAAUUCAAUCAACAGAGUAGUAGCCUGCAUUUUCAUUAACAAAGAAAGGGGGAACCCCCUAUUUUCUCGCUGGCAACUGCCAUGAAAUAUUUUGUGAGAUGGAAAACUUGAUCGGUUCAGUAGUUACAGGCUUGGUCAGAACUGUAGGCAACUUAUUUGGAGCUCCUUUGAAUUUUCUCUCUGGCAAGUCUUGCAGCUCUGUUUGUGGUUCAACGUGGGAUAUAAUUUGCUAUGUUGAAAAUUUCUGCAUUGCCAAUCUUUUAAAGCUCGCCGCUGUUUUAGCCCUCCUCUAUAUCGUUUUACUGUUCUUAUACCUCCUACACAAGAUUGGCAUAUGUUACUGUAUUGGGAGGAGUAUAUGCAAAAUGACAUGGGCUUGUUUCACAUCAUGCUUCUCUUCAUGUGAACAUGGAUGUAUGUUUCUAUGGUACAAAAUAAAGAAUGUAAAAAGAGUUCACCGGGAUAGAAUGAGAGAUAUCGAAGAUUACCUCUCAAGCUCGAGUGAAGAUUAUUUAGAGGAGGAGAGUGUAUCAUAUCGACAUAAUCCCAGAUCAAUGAAAUUCAGAAGAUCACUUUCUCAUAGGGCUAAAGAACGGAGAAGAAUACAUUUGGAGAGAUCUUUGAGGGCGAGGAGCCAUAGAAUACGAGUAGGGAUUAACCAGAGCUCGGUGUAUCUGGACAGAAGAGAUAAAAGGAAACAUAGUAGUCAUUCGACUGCACUGCACCAUAAUAUUAAGGUGACUAGAACGUCGAAAUUUGUUCAGAAGGGAAAUGUGAAUAGAAUUCAUCAUAGAAAAUGGUGAACUAUUAUUACGUAAUUAAUUGCUCCCUGCAAAUUUAUGGAUAUUGUAUGAGUUACAUACACAAAUCCAUACUAAUUUUGGGGUUUUUUGGGAAAAUUUUAUCUGAUGGGUCGAGUUUGAUUAAGUCAUCAACUGUCGUCAUGUAUUUGUAAACUCUAAUAUUCUAAUUCCUAUUGGAUUUCUUUGAAA